GCGGCGCCUCGGUGGCAGGCUCCCCCCCCUCGGGACCGAUGGUGUCGCUGAGCGCCUGGCGCGAGCGGGUGGCGGCGGAGCUGGAUGCGACCAUCGCCUUCUGGGAGCGCCACUCGCACGACCCCCAGCACGGCGGGUUCUUCUCCUGCCUGAGCCGCGACGGCACCGUCUACGAUGAGACCAAGUACGUGUGGCUGCAGGGACGGCAGGUGUGGGUCUACUCCCGACUUUACCGGAAAAUGCCCCGUUUCCGACGCCCCGAAAUCCUGGAGGCGGCACGGGCAGGGGGGGAGUUCCUGCUGCGUUGCGCCCGGCUGGAGCCCGGCUCGCCCCGCGCCGCCUUCGCCCUGAGCCGCGACGGGCGCCCGGCGCGGGUGCAGCGCACCGUCUUCAGCGAGGUCUUCUGCGCCCUGGGCCUCGACGAGCUGGGACGGGCCGCCGAGGAGCCGCGCUACCGGGUGAGCCGGACGCCUGGGCCCCGCCGUGGGGGGUGUGUGUGUGUGGCGGGGGGGGGGAGGAUCCACCCGCCGCCUUUUCGGGGCAGAUCCCGGGGUAUUUGGUGCCUGCCGUUCCCGCGGCGGUGCUGGACGCCUGGGCCCCCCCCCCCGCCUCCUCCAACCCCCCUCCGGCAGGCGGCGGCGCGGGAGUGGAUGGCGGCGGUGGCCCGCUGGGCCCGCGAGGCCCCCGAGGAGCUGGGGCGGCCGCGGCUGGCGGGGGCCCCCCCCCACGAGGCGCUGGCGGUGCCCAUGAUGGUGCUGGGCCUGGCCGAGCAGCUCCGCGACGGCCCCGCCGACGGCGACCUGGACGAGCUGGCGGCCUGGGGCGCCCGGCGGCUCCUCGCCCACCUCCAGCGGGGCGACUCCGUCGUGCUGGAAAACGUCUCCCCGGACGGGAAGGAGCUGCCGGGCAGCAUGGGGCGGCUGAUGAACCCCGGCCACGCCAUCGAGGCGGGCUGGUUCCUGCUGCGCUUCGCCCAGCGCCGGGGCGACGAGGCGCUGGCAGCCCGCGCCAUCGCCGCCUUCGUCGAGGCGCCCCUGCGGCGCGGCUGGGACCCCCAGCACGGGGGGCUCUUCGCCUUCCUCGACGCCGACGGGCACUGUCCCACCCAGCUCGAGUGGAGCAUGAAGCUGUGGUGGCCCCACGCCGAGGCCAUGGUGGCCCUGCUGGCCGCCUACGCCCACGACCGGCGGCCCGAGCACCUGGAGGACUUCCAGCGCGUCGCCGACUACGCCUUCAGCAAGUUCCGCGACGCCGAGCACGGCGAGUGGUUCGGGUACCUCUCGCGGGAGGGCAACGUGGCGCUCACCAUCAAGGGGGGCCCGUUCAAAGGCUGCUUCCACGUGGCGCGGGCGCUGCUCAUGUGCGAGGAGAUGCUGGAGGAGCUGCUGCGGGAGGGCUGACGGCGCUGCCGCCCCCUCCCCUGGUCCCCCCCAAUAAACCGGCACGUCCCUCUG